AUGAAGUUUGAGAAGAUAUCGAAACCCAGCGGGGGCAUCGUCCGCAACACGUCCAGGUUUCUUUACCAGGCUGAGGCCUUGUUUGGUGGGAUCAUCCUUGGUAUCGUGAGUUGGUACCUUUCUCAUUGGAGAGACACCGAAAAGUAUCCGGGGGCACGUCUGUGCUUCACUGAGGUCUUUGCUGGCUUCGCCAUCAUGUACGGAAGCAUCGCCAUCUGGACCUACAAUUGGUUCCCCAUCUGCUUUGCAGUGAUCAACUUCAUCUUCAGCCUGGCAUUCUUCUCCGCCUUUGGCGCGCUGAUCGAAUUUGACUGUGACAAGAACUGGGUUGGGUGGGAAGUGAAUGUUGGCAAGGGAUACAAGGCAUGCUGGAAGACGACCGAGGCCUUUACCUUCAUCGCCGCCUUUUGCUUCCUGGUCAGCACCGUCUUUGCGCUAAUGACCAAAUCCGCCACGACCGAGCACCACAUCCACAUGAUGCAUAGGAAAGCCAGCGGAACCAGCAGCACCGCCGAGACCCAAGUCUAA